AUGAACAUUACGCUAAAGAAGGAUAAGUUUGAGUACACGCUAGAAUCGCUACACUUCAUUGGACAUGUGUUGACAGCGAAUGGCCUCAAACCAGAUCCUGGCAAAGUUCACGCGGUGCUCAACAUGCCAACACCCAUCUCCCCAGCUGCAGUACAGAGACUGAAUGGAAUGGUUAAAUAUCUUGCCAAGUUUAUUCCCAGCCUGUCACAGUUAAAUGAACCAUUACGCAAACUCACUCACAAGAACCAACUUUGGAAUUGGUCACUAGAGUGUCAACAAGCUUUUGACAAUAUCAAACAAGCAUUGUCUCAGGCACCAGUUCUCAAAACUCUUGGCUCAGGUUUUCCUGAUCAAGGAACUGUUGAUCAAAUACCAGAAAGCAUCCAUCUUGCCGAUCUUGCAGUCCCUGAGAAACAGUUGCAAGAUAUUCAAACUGCUACGGCAAGUGACACAGGUUUACACACUGUCAAACGCCUGAUCACUUCGGGUUCGCCAGAACAUCGAAGUCAAGUCCCACCAGAAGCACAGCCAUAUUUUCACUGUAAACAUGAACUCUCCAUAUUGGACAAUAUAGUCUUCAAAGGAGACAGAUGUGUAGUUCCCCAAUCAGCUUGCGAAGCCAUAAGAAAAGAACUACAUAGCGCCCACCUUGGAGUAGAAAAUACACUUCGGUGCGCGAGAGAGACAGUUUUUUGGCCUGGAAUCACAGCUGAUUUGAAGGAAUUUUUGUCCAAAUGUGACAUAUGUAAUACAUUCCAAUCUGAGCAGCCAAAAGAACCACUGCUCCAUCAUGAACUUCCAGAUAGACCCUGGGAGAAGAUUGGAAUUGAUCUCAUGUCAUUGGUUGGUCAUCAAUACCUUGUAACGGUAGAUUAUUAUACUCACUAUUUCGAACUUGAUCAUAUGACAAACACAAACACAGAGUCUGUUGUUAAACGACUCAAGUGA